GACCUCACAUUUAUUGCCAAACCCGCUUUCGAAACGCCAGGAUUCAGAAUGCCUUAUGAAUUGCUGGGGCUUGGGGCCACAAGCUACGUUACGACAACCGACAACAAGACAGUCUUGAAGGGCCACCAGGUCUGGAAGGAUGGAGAGUACUACUUUGGUCGAGAUGACUGUGAGGACGACCUUGCCAGGGAGGCCACUAUCUACAAACAUCUCGGCGACCACCCGCAGAUUCUCAGAUGCUUCGGCCUCGAACAACACUGUCCUGGCGUUCACUCGCUCCGGCUAGAGCUGGCUGCUCUGGGCUGCGUCCGGCAGUUUAUUGAGGAGCAUGCAGACGAGCCUCUUCCAUUGCAUACCCGGCUCAGGAUGACACUGGAUGUCGUGACAGGAGUCGAUUACCUCCACUCAAAGGGUGUGCAGUACUGCGACAUGAGCUGUCGAAAUUUAUUCCUCUUCGACAGAUACCGUGUCAAACUUGGCGACUUUGGUGCUUCGCUUCUCGAGGGCUACGAAUUUAAGCCGACAUUUUGCGAAGAGAUUCAAUACGAACUGCCACUACGCGGAAGAGAAUUCAAGGCUCGGCCGCCAAUCAAACGAGAACUCUUUGCGUUGGGGUCAGCAAUCUACGAGAUCACAAUGUGGAAGAGGCCUUUCCAAGGAAUUCCAGAUGAAGAGGUGGAAGCGAGGUACGCGCGGGAGGAGUUCCCUUCUCUAGUGGGUAACAUGGCCGGUACGAUAAUAAGGAAGUGCUGGGACGAAGAGUUUGACAGUGCUAAGGAGGUCCUGGAGGCGUUGGCACAACUGGUCGCAUUUAUGGGUGCUCUAGAGUUCAAGACUGACGACGACCAGCUGCAAGCAGAAGUCUGUAUUGAAGGGAGCGAAAGACAGGGAACCACUAUGCUGUGUACGAUCCCAGCCUGACAUCAAUAUGACGCGACGAAGCUACUCUCCACAGCCUCAUCCAGGGGCUCCAUCAGGAAUAAAGUGACAUCGACACUGCAGGCGUGCUACUGUCAGCAACAGACGUCUUGAUAGAUCGAAUAGGGAACCUCACGCUUCACUGUGCUGGGCACAAUGGGCAAGCACCCGUCACAGAAACCGAGCCAAAUACCGUCUUUGUGUCCAGCUCUAGCUUCUCACAUUGCAGUUCUUUCUUGGUCUCGCAUGGGGCGGUGAUGACCCU